CUAAAGUUGUUUACCUGCUUAUUCCGCUGAAGCUGAAGGUUUUGUUUGAGUUUGUUUUUAUCACAACGCAAAAUAAAUAUUUCUUGGACUGUAUAUUAUGCAAAACCGAAUUGAUAUUAGCUUGUAAAAUAGUGUUUGUUCAGUGGUAUACUUUAAGAUUAUCAACCUUGCCCAUCGGUCGACUGCCGGAUCUAAGAUGUCAUUGUUUCCCCAACCACGAUGGCUUCGUCGAUGGAUCCGUCAGCGCAUGAAUCCCCUGCCAAUGGACAAGGCAGCCCUGUGGAAACGUCGACUUAGCAUUGUGUACGGUAUAAUUGCGUGGAACGCACUCGGCUGGGUCGGGUACAUGAUCUAUACCGGUCGCAACGAUUGGGCCAAAUUUUACGGCUAUAAAACGGAAGAAGAGGAAAAUAUGCCACAAGCAAUUCGGUUUGCCACGCAACUCAACUUGCCCAACGCUCAGGUAUUGAAAUUUUCCGGCUUCAAGAAGACCGACCAGUACGAACUAAAAGACAUGGAAGUUAUUCGAUCGGGAGAUGAAACUAAAAAGCAAGAAAAAUAGCUUUCGGAAUAGCGGAAAGUGAGUUAACCUUUCUCUUAUGUUUAUGUAGUUUUCAACAUUUUAUUUUCACGUUUUCAAUAAAAUAUUUAGUACAAUAUGAA